UGGCGCGCCCUGAGCGUUCGGAGGCGCGCAGCCUUCAGGCGCCUUGAGCUGGAGGCGUGCGUUUGGGGGACCUGAGCGCGUGGGCGGAGGCGGUGUGCCUGGAGAUGCCCCGCAGAGGUAGCUCUAGUGGCCGGAAGAGAAAAAGAAAUUGGGAUAUAGAAAACCCAUCCUUUCCAGGAGGGAGUCCACUGAAGUUCAGAAGAGCAGGUCUCAGGACAGUGGGGGCAGUUGCUUCCCUCUCUGAAGCAUGGCUCAGAUGUGGAGAAGGAUUUCAGGACACUUCUGAGACUCUGUCAUUAACAGCUGAAAAGGAGAUUGUUACAGAAGAGCACCUCGAAUUAUCCCCUCAACCCAAGAAAGAUGAACUACAGUUUAUUGACUGGGAGAUUGACAGUGACAGGGAAGAUACUAGUGAGUAUAAUGAAUUUGAAGAUGGUGAGAGUGUUGUGGAAAUAUCAGACUGUGCUUCUUGUUCAAGCACUCAUUCUGUGACUAGUGAAGAGAGGCUCUCUGAGCUUGUGAAGAGUUCUACAGAAAUUUUGGAAUAUUCAUCAGAUAGUGAAAAGGAAGAUGACUCAGAGAAUGUCUUGUUCAUUGAUUCUGAAUCCUCUCCCAAAUACCACAUGGAUUUUGGAUCUGAUGAUAGACAGAUGGAGAGACUGAUAAAGCCGAGGGUGAAAUCUGCAGAGACCAUUUUGUACACACCCCAAAAACAGACGUUUCCCAGGAUUCCAGACAGAUCAGCAAACAAGAAGAAGCUUCUAAGAGGCGGGCUAGCAGAAAGACUAAAUGGCCUGCAGAAUCGAGAGAGAUCUGCCAUUUCUUUGUGGAGACAUCAAUGUGUUUCUUACCAAAAGACACUUUCAGGUAGAAAAUCGGGUGUAUUAAUUGUGAAAAUUCUAGAGCUGCAUGAGGAAUGCACCAUCCAAGUUGCCAUGUGUGAGCAUUUAGCAGGGCUGCAGGCCAACAGCCCUUCUCAAGGUGAGGCCCCUAGGACUGGCCUGAAGGUUCUGUUCACUAAGGAGACUGCUCACCACCUCAGGGGACAUCCCCAAGACAUUGUCCAUAUCUACCCUCCCUGGCAAAAACUUAUUGUACCAAAUGGAAGUUGCCCUGUUAUUCUGAAUACUUAUUUUUGUGAGAAAGUUGUUGCCAAAGAAGAUUCAAAAAUAAUACAUGAAGCACACUGUUGGGACACACUCCUUCCAAGAAGUAUCACUUUGGCUCAGAUGUUUAGAUUUAGGAAUCUAACAUAUAAAUCACCUGAAAGCCAGGUUAUGUGUAGUGGUCUCACUACAAUGUGGACAGACUGCACCCAUGGACAUGAGGAAGCCAAACAGCGCUUCCCAGCCCAAGCUCUCCUGAGGGAUUCUCUCCUGGAUGCAGUGGAAAGCCAGGGAGCUGCCACAUGGUCAGGAGUUGGGGUCCGAGUAGUGGUACAGAGAGUUUACUAUCUUCCCUGCAGAUAUCAGCAGGGAGGUGGUUCAGCUGCUCCACCUGGAUCAGACUUACCUAGAGUUCGAGUCUGCCUUCUCGUGCAAGAUGCCUAUGGGAUGUUCAGUGAAGUGCACUCUGAGGGCACCAUCUUGAAGGACCAACAGUUGGAAGGAAAGUCCUGCAGCCUGAUGGGAAUGAAGGUUCUACAGAAAGCUACCAGAGGAAGGACAGCAGGGCUUUUCAGUUUGAUCGAUACCAUGUGGCCUCCAGUGAUGCCUCUGAAAGCACCUGGCCAUGGCCGAGCCUGUGAAGAGGUAAAAAUUCAUGUGCCUCCUCCUAGCUUCUGUUACAUCCUCACUGCUCAUCCAAAUGUGGGACAAAUUGAAAUAAUUGAAGAAGACCCCAUUUCUAAGCUUUACCAGCCUCCAGUUCCCCGCUUCUUAAGAGAAAUUUUCCAGACUAAUGAUCUUAGUACCCGUUGCAGUUUCUAUGCCAGAGUGAUUUAUCAAAGACCACAGGUAAACAGUUUGCUUCCUCUGCAGCAAAGGGAGAUUUGGCUGAUGGUGACUGAUGUCACCCUGCAGAUGCAGGAUGAGAAUAACUCUGGCCUCCCCAAAACCAUGCCAGUCUGUGUGGCCCCCUCAUGUGUGUUGAGCCAGGAAGUCCUGAAAGCGCUCACCGAGGCUGUCUCUCACAGCUUUCUCUUCAGGGAUACUCUCCGAGCCCAGGGUCGGAUUGUUUGUGUUGAACGAAGUGUCCUCUUGCUUCAAAAGCCCCUUUUGGGUGCGGACUCCGGUGCUUGCUCCUGUGAACUGACUGGCCCUGUGAAGCUCAAUGAACUGGAUUCUUUCACUCAGGUCAACUCCGUUUGCAGCGUUCAAGGCACUGUGGUUGGUGUGGACGAGAGCACUGCUUUCUCCUGGCCCACUUGCGAACUGUGUGGCAACGAGAGAUUGGAACAGAGCCCAGGAGACAGAGGCACCUUUUCCUGUGGGGACUGCUCCCGUGUGGUCACCUCUCCUCGCCUCAGAAGGCACCUGCAGGUGUUCCUGGACUGUCCGUCUCGACCGCAGUGCACAGUGAGGGUCAAGCUGUCCCAGGCCAGUAUUUCUUCACUCCUGAGGUUUGCCGCCUGCAAGGAUGGGCCCCACCCCAGGAAGAAAAUGUUCUGAGGUUUGAGACCACCGAGGCCCUGCCAUACCUUCCUAGCCUAGUCAUCUGGUACCCCUGCUGCCCAGCGCCCUGAGUUCUCACCUAGAGAUGAAACCUGCCCAAGAUUAAUCACCAUAAGACACUCAUCAAACAAUGUGAAGAAAAAGCUUUUUACAACGUAGACAUUUUUGGCUCAGUGUUACUCUAGAAGAAAUGGGAUCCUAACUGAGGAGGGAGGUUUGGGGCAAAGUACCAGGAAAUCCUUUGACCAGAAGUGUUGCUAGAUUGGGGAAGUGUCCCAAAGGAAGUGGGAGACAGCUGCAAGCAUGAUGCACGCCCAGCCCCCAGCCUUCCUGCUAGAGAACAGGGCAUAUCCCUUAGUAUGUCUGUCCCCAGUUCCUCUCAUAGGCCAGCCAGCUGGGACACGCUUGUCGUUGCAUCCACUAACAGCAGAAAAAAGGAGUUCCUUCAUUUGCCAUAGUAAAUAGAGCUUUUAUCAAGCCUUUAAUUUUUUUCCUCCUUACCCAUGUUGUUCUUACCAUUUGAAAAGUGGAAGGUCACAGACUGAGGAAAGGACCUUAUGCUCUGCUCUUUGGUGUUCUGUGUUUUUGGGAACAGAACGUCCAGGGCUAGCUCUAUUUGCUUUAACCAGCAUGCCUUCUAUCACUGCAGAGUUAUGAAGUGAAGAGUGUCCUCGGAAAGGAGGUGGGGUUGUUGAAUUGUUUUGUCCAGUCCAUAACCACCCACCCAGCUAGCUGCGUUGGAUUGGAGGAAAUUGAGCUCCUGAGUGCAGGAAGAGCCUCUUCCGAACACUGCCGGUUGCCGUAGGAUUUGUGAACUUUGUGAUGCAGUCGCAAUGGUGGUGGAGGUGGUGGCGGCUUGGGGUAGUUAUUUGUUAACUAUGGGCAGAGCAAAUGUAUGAUCUUGAAAUGGAACUUAAGAUUUUUCUGGGUCAAAUGUUAGUAAGAUGAUUUUGUGAACUAAACAUCAAAAUACUUUUUUCUUGUUUUUGCAAAUUUAGGAACAUGUUAUUAAAACUUAAUAAGCCU